AUGAACUUCUUUGGCAAACAACAACAACAACAAUCACAGUCUCAACAGACUAAAAUAUCGAUAAAUACGUCACAGGGGUUCUUUCCUAAAUUCGGGAGCCAGACUGCUACUCCUACUACAGCAGUGAGUCAGAACUCAUAUGCUAUGGGCACAACGGGAUUAUCUCAAGAUGCUUCUAAUACAAAUACUAAUUCCACCACCACCAUUAAUAAUAAUAGUAUGAUGGAUCAACAACAGAUGAUGAAUUUGGAUGCAAUUAAUGAUGAUAUAGACAUGGAUGUAACUAUGAAUAAUAAUACUACUAACAACAACAAUAUACCAUAUAAUAAUAAUAAUAAUAAUCAUAACAGUAACAAACCAUCAGGUUAUAAUGCCAGAGAUUCAUUAGCACAAAUGUCAAAUCACCAAAAGAAAUUACAAGGAAAUAAUUCUAACUUACACUUACAAUUGCAACAACAAAAUAAUAUUAAAAAUAAUUUAGCAGCUAUAAUAUCACCAAAGGAAACAUCAUAUCCUGAUUCAGAUAGUAUUCCAAGAGGUAAACUUGAAGUCACUAUCAUUGAAGCAAGGAACUUAUCAACAAGGAAAGACGGCGCAGAACCUUAUGUGGUAUGCACUUUUGAAAGUUCAGAAUUUAUUUCUGAGGGUCCCGAAUCAGUAGCUGUACAUAAAAAUGAUACUGAUAAUAAUCUGCAUCAUCAUCAUCAUCAUCAUAUGAAUUCCAAUAACAUUAAAAACGGGAAAUCGAAUUGGUCAUCAUCUGCACUACCAGUUCUUAAAGAGAACUACAACAACACAAGACAAUCAUACAACAACGAUACAAAUUGUAACAAUAAUAAUAAUACCAAUACUAAUAAAAGUGGCACAAGCAGUAGUAGUAGCAGAGGUAAUUCAUCUGAUAGAAAUUCGAAUAAUAGUGGUACUGAUAAUGAAAUUCAUUCUGUACACUCAAAUAAGUCUCUUAACGAGGAUGCAUCAAACCCAAUAUGGCAUCAUAAGACUACCUUUGAUGUGUUAGGGGCUCAUUCUGAAUUAGAUAUCUCUGUUUAUGAUGCAGCCCACGAUGAUAUGUUUUUAGGACAAAUAAGAUUACGUCCUAAUAUUCAUGACUCACAAUUUGAACCACAUGAAAAAUGGUACAUGUUACAAAAUAGAGUCCUCGAUGAAACAAUCUCUGGUGAAAUAUUAAUUAGAUGGCAAUACAAAUCAACGAAAAAGAGACAUUAUGGCCCACACGAUUUCGAAGUAUUAAGAUUACUGGGCAAAGGUACAUUUGGUCAAGUCUAUCAAGUUAAAAAGAAAGAUACAAAGAGAAUAUACGCAAUGAAGAUUCUAUCCAAGAAGGUUAUCGUAAAAAAGAAUGAAAUUGCUCACACUAUUGGCGAAAGAAAUAUCUUGGUCACAACAGCUACUAAUGCAUCUCCAUUUAUAAUAGGGUUGAAAUUUUCAUUUCAAACACCUGCCGAUUUGUAUUUAGUCACAGAUUAUAUGAGUGGUGGUGAAUUAUUUUGGCAUUUACAAAAAGAAGGUAGAUUUUCUGAAGAUCGUGCAAAAUUUUAUAUUGCUGAAUUAAUCUUGGCUUUAGAAUAUUUGCACGACAAUGACAUUGUUUAUAGAGAUUUAAAGCCAGAAAAUAUCCUUUUAGAUGCUAAUGGAAAUAUUGCAUUGUGUGAUUUUGGUCUUUCUAAGGCUGACCUGAAAGACCGUACAAACACCUUCUGUGGUACCACUGAAUAUUUGGCCCCAGAAUUGUUAUUAGAUGAAACAGGUUACACUAAAAUGGUGGAUUUCUGGUCCUUAGGUGUCUUGAUUUUUGAAAUGUGUUGUGGCUGGUCUCCAUUCUUUGCUGAAGACAACCAAAAGAUGUAUCAAAAGAUAGCUUUCGGUAAAGUUAAGUUCCCAAGAGACGUGCUAUCUCAAGAAGGUAGAUCCUUUGUCAAAGGUUUAUUGAAUAGAAAUCCAAGACAUAGACUCGGUGCUGUGGAUGAUGGGAGAGAGUUAAGAGCUCAUGCGUUCUUCAACGAUAUUGAUUGGGAAGCAUUAAAACAAAAGAAGAUAGCACCACCAUUUAAACCACAUUUAAAUUCCGAGACCGACACCUCUAAUUUUGAUCCAGAAUUUACACAGGCAUCUACAUCUUACAUGAAUAAGAAUCAAUCUAUAGCUGCAACUCCACUUUCCCCAGGUAUGCAAGCAAAAUUCGCAGGCUUCACAUUUGUUGAUGAAUCUGCCAUGGAAGAACAUUACUUUAGUAAUAAUAGUGUAAACAGAAAACUAUUACAAAACUCAUACUAUAUGGAACCUGGCUCAUUUAUUCCUGGUAAUCCAAAUCUACCUCCAGAUGAGGACGUUAUCGAUGAUGAUAGUUAUGCCAACGUUGAUUCUAACGAUGGCUACAACCACUUAGAUAAUGGCAAUAGAGGUCGUAUGAACGAUCACAUGAACAUGGGUAUUGAUAUGCAUAUGGACUACGAUGGAGAUCAACAUAUGGAUGACGAAUUUGUUAGCGGAACUUUUGAAAUUUAG